AAUUAAGAUAUGGCAGAACUGAAGUCAAUGUUCCGGGAAGUUCUUCCAAAACAAGGGCAACUGUCUGUAGAAGAUAUAAACACAAUGGUACUAUGUAAGCCCAAACUUCUGCCCUUAAAAUCUCUGACUUUGGAAAAACUGGACAAAAUGCAGCAAGCAGCGCAAGAUACAAUUCAUCAACAAGAAAUGGCAGAAAAGGAAAAACCGCCAAUAACCCACUGA